AUGCACGCUUCCAUUCUGUUCCUCCUCUCCAUCACCGCGCUAGCUACCACCCGCAGCGCCGGCACCUAUGGCUGGACCUCGAUUGGCUGCUACGUUGACUCUGGAAAUCGUCUCCUAGGCCCAGUUUGGGUUAACGACAACAACAAUAAUGUGGGAGAUUGCCUGGUCAGAUGCCGAGGCUACAAAUACGGGAUGGUGGAGAACGCUAGGGGGGAGAUCUACGAGAAGGGAGCGACGGCAUGGUGUUUGGGUGGUGCUGGGCAGCAGAUUCCAGCAGCGGCGGAGCUUCAGUUUACUCAGCAAGAAUGA